AUGUUUCUCACUAGUCUCUAUGCUCUUCGUCAAUACUUUCGACAGCCACCAAAAGAAGAAGCCUAUCGACGUCAACAACUUGAAGUGAAGUUCUUGAUCCUUAUUCAACAGUACAUUUUUCCACCUGCGAUGAUGGCACUUGUACAUGCAUUACAAAGUAAAAUGUUUGCAUUUGAAAAAACUAUUCUUUCCGAUGCAUUGUUACAUCUUCUCCGUGAAUUUUGUCCAGAAGACAUUGAACAAACUCUGCUGGGUACUUUCAUGCCUAAUCUAAUUUGUUGGUUAUUUGAACAAUGCAUUGACAUAGAUAGUAAGGUCCUUCCAUGUACUACUUACGAUCUUGGUCGUUGUAUUAAGGACGAGGAAAACUACCAUAUUGACGACUCUGCGACGAAAGUUAGCCCAGAUGAAGAUUCAAAAAUUGUUUUUCAGCAACGUGCUCAAGAACAACAACAAGCAAAUGAAUUACAUCAAGAAACUGUUUAUGUUGUUUAUAUCAAAGAGAUUGGUGAAUUAUCAGUAAAAUUGAACUAG